UGAUGUGAGCGUGAGCGCGCGCGGCUCGGCUAGUCGCGGUGUGUCGAUGUGGAUGGAGUUUCAGCAGUGGGGAUGUAAUAAAACGCUCGUUAAACGACAUCGAUGGACGAUCGCGACUCGACGAGCCACACCAAAGGUGUGUGUCGCCACCUUCAGCCGCUGGUGGGCGGAGCCUGACGCUUGAUUGACAGGCCUGUCCAGGUGAGGAACCUAUGGCAGAGCAGCAGCGUGAUACAGGUCCCUCAGCGUGAAUCUACCAUGGACCACGGGCUCUGUCAGAUGCUGGUCCUUGGUAUGGUUGCCGUGAUGGCCCGAGCGUGCCCCAAGUACUGUGCAUGCCAGAACCUGUCUGAGUCGCUGGGGACCCUGUGCCCGGCCAAAGGCCUGCUCUUCGUGCCGUCUGAUAUAGAUCGCAGCACCGUGGAGCUCCGGCUGGGGGGGAACUUCAUCCUGAGAAUCACACAGCAGGACUUUGCCAACAUGACAGACCUAGUAGACCUUACGCUCUCCCGCAACACCAUCAGCUACAUUCAGCCCUUCUCAUUCGGGGACCUGGAGACUCUCCGCUCUCUCCAUAUGGAUAACAACCGUUUAACGGAGCUGGGUCCAGAUGACCUGCGAGGACUGAUUAGCCUGCAGCACCUCAUCCUCAACAACAACCAGCUGAGCCGUGUUUCUGAGCGGGCGUUUGAAGACCUUGCAGCCACGCUGGAAGAUCUGGACCUGUCCUACAACAACCUUCAGGCUCUGCCCUGGCAUUCAGUGCGGCAGAUGAUCAACCUACACCAGCUGAGCCUGGACCACAAUUUGCUGGACUACAUUCCUGAGGGCACUUUCGUGGAUCUGGAAAGGUUGGCCCGCUUAGACCUCACCUCUAACCGACUGCAGAAGCUCCCACCGGAUCCUAUUUUUGCCAGAGCGCAGGAUUCAGAGGUGAUGACCACACCGUUCGCUCCUCAGCUCUCACUCAGUAUUGGAGGGAAUCCGCUGCACUGCAACUGUGAACUGCUGUGGUUCCGGCGUCUGGAGAGAGACGAUGACCUGGAGACCUGCGCAUCGCCUCCUGGCCUGAAGGGUCGCUACUUCUGGAACGUUCGGGAGCAUGAGUUUCUGUGCGAGCAGCCACUGAUUACUCAACACACCCACAAGUUGCUGGUUCUGGAGGGACAGACUGCCAGCCUGCGGUGUGAUGCCAUCGGAGAUCCCAUCCCAACCAUACACUGGGUCACUCCUGAAGAUCGAUUGCUGGGGAAUUCUUCUCGCACAGUGGUGUAUCGCAACGGGACUCUUGAGAUCUUGAUCACCACGUCAAAGGACUCCGGGACCUUCACCUGCAUUGCAGCCAACCUGGCCGGCGAAUCAACAGCUUCCGUGGAGCUGUCUAUUAUUCAGCUGCCACACAUAAGCAAUGGCACAGGACAGGCAUCGCAACCCAAGUCCCGCCUGUCAGACAUUACAGGCGGCUCCAGGACCAAUAAAGGCAUUCCCAAAGGUCAACCAGAGAAAGCGGUGUCUGUGUCAGAGGUGACUGCAGUGGCGGCCCUGGUCAGGUGGACUGUCGGCAAGACUGCUCCCAAAGUCAAGAUGUUCCAGCUCCAGUACAACUGCUCAGAUGAUGAGGUGCUCAUCUACAGGAUGAUCCCUUCAUCCAGUAAGGCCUUUCACAUCACCAACCUGGUGUCUGGGACUCGCUAUGACCUGUGUGUGCUGGCGGCCUGGGAGGACUCCGCCACCACCCUCACUGCCACUAAUGUGGUGGGCUGCGUGGAGUUCUACACCCGCGACGACUACACACAGUGCCAGUCUCUCCAAGGGCAGCUGCUGGGAGGCACCAUGAUCCUGGUGGUGGGGGGCGUCAUCGUGGCCACGCUGCUGGUGUUCAUCGUCAUCCUGAUGGUGCGCUAUAAGGCUGGGGAUGGUGGAGGCAACGCUCCUGUCAGCAAGCUGAGCGACAGCAGUGAGACAUACUCUCAGACCAAUGGAGGGAGGCCGGGGCAGAAUGGGGUGCCUCUGCCGGGGCCAAAAGAAAAGCCUACUGUCACCAUGCGGGAUGAAGUGGUCAAAUUUAAGUGUGGUUCUCUCCAGAGCAGCUCGUCCUCCUCCUCUUCCUCCUCAGGGUCAGCAGAUGCCACUUGCUACAGCCCCAACAGUGCCCUCGCCAACAUCUUGAGGUCCGCACCUCCUAAGCAACACAACAACAUAGACCAGCUCCUAGGCGCCUUCACAUCGCUAGAGCUUCGGGGUCAGAGCAAGGACCUGUGUCUAUCUGGGACGCCGUCGAGUGCAGCUGCUGCUGCUGUGUCCCCGGCAGGUCCUGCUGAUAAGGAGCCGCUGCUGGGCCGGACGCUGGACUCUCGGCUCAGCAAACUGCUCAUGCUGCCGCUGGACUCCAAACCCAAGAGGAGCCAUUCCUUCGACAUGGGCGACUUCACGGUGCCCACGACGCAGCAGCUGCGCUCUUACCCACGACGCUUCAGCAGCAUCUGGACCAAACGCAGCCUGUCGGUUAACGGGACGCUGCUGCCGUGCGAUGAGGAAGCUGACAGUGGCGGGAGCAAGGGGACUAUCGAGAGCCCCGAAUGGGUUAUGGAGAGCACCGUAUAGAACACAGAGGAAGAAAGACACCUUCGACUUGAACUGUUAUUUACUCCAUCCUGCAUGACUCUGAUGAAGUUUAAUUUAAUUACUACAGUUAUACGCCUUGCCAUUUCCAGAACAGGUAUGAAGUCAGCGUCAUUCAGGGGAUGAAUUCACAAAGCAGUCGCACCACUCUAGAAACCUGUCGGGUUUCAGCACAAAUGCACAGUUUCUUAAUGCUUAUUGUACAUUAUCACUAAAGUUCCCUGUUGAAGUCACUGCCGCGUCCACACAUUUGCUGAAAGGGGUUUUGUGUUGCAGAGAGGAGCUUCAGCUUUGGGGUACAGUAACAGCUCUUUUCCACUGAGCAGUGUGCUUCAGUAUAGUAUGGUGUGCAGUUAUUUCCAUCUCCUCUGUCAAUAGUACCAAAACAAUGAAGCAAACUGUACCACUGUUUUGGGAAGCUCUCCUACAGGUACCUGACACAACAGUACAUUACUAAAGGUGGAGCUAAACUCACUGCAGAAAGCUGAUUGGUUUACACAGAUACUUCACUUGCACAUUAUACAAACAUAACAAGAACACAGGUAGAGCCAUUUUUAAACUAACAGCUGCAACACAACAGCGUAAUAAUAAGAUGACAGCGCAAAGAGAAGAAACCAUGGUCAACCUGAGCUCAAAACAGCUUGCCGUCUUCUUGUGACAAACAGACCAUUCACAUUUGAAGUUCUCCAUUUUUGGGGGUGGCUGAUCACAUGGGAUAUCUGAAAACAUGUGGACCACUCAUACAGCUUUGUUUUCGAGGGCAAUGACGUGGAUCAUUGGGAUUUUUCAGUGACACCUGUCAAGUAAAGUUACUGUUGUCAGUGAAAACAAACGCCUGGUCAGGGUAAUCUGUAUCAUCUAGUACUAUACUUUUAGUGCCUAAUUUUGUAAAUUGCGAGGUCCUGUUACAGAUCGGGGUAAGUGAUCCGGCAUGUUACAUGAGGAGGGUAGAGGUGGCGGACGAAAGUAAAGAGCCCACGGGCUGUUGGGAGAGUCGGUGACGAAAGGGUUGGGGAGUCACGGAAGAAAGUGAAGAGUGGGGUGGGGCAGGGGUGCGUGUGAGGAGGAUCGAUAAAAUGAGGGGCCAGAUCAGAUUUCAGAGGUUCCAGCAUAAAUAAGCCCUGUAUACUUCACUAUACUGUACUGUACUGUACUAUACUGUGCCGUACUGCUCAGUGGAAAUGAGGAGGUUCUUUCUGUGGUGGCAAUCGGUGCUCUGCGAAUUCCCUCUCAGUCUGCAUUACUGACUCACUGAGUGAGGUGUGUGUUUGAGUGUGUGUGUGUGUGUGCGUGCGUGCGUGUGUGUGUGUGCGUGUGUGUGUGUGCUCCAUCUUUAUGUCUUAUUUGUGUCUGGAACUAUCAGACAGCUGAAUGUGGAAGGACUGUGAGAUGAACUGCUGUGCCGCUGCAGUGUUUUUAGGGCCGGCGUGAGAACUGAAGCACACAAAGGAAACUGCCCUGCCAACGGUUUCCCCAUGAACAAUAACACCUGCAGACUCUGUGAAUAUCUUCUUGUGUUUAUAUGUGUAAUGAAUUGAAAUAUUUUAUAUUUUUUAUCUUGCUGAUCAAACACUCGUCUUUCUUGAUGAAAGAGAAUUCCUCAGCCUGUGUGGUUCUCACUCCCUUCAAGCUGUCAUUUACACGCUGUUCCUAUGAGAAACCGUGAGCGAUUUUAAUGAACCUUCAGAUGUUUGAAGCUGCUUGUUUACGUGUGAUGUUUUCGGAUAUUUCUGUAUUUGCAAGUUGAUGGAAAGACAGAAUAUUUUACUAUUGAAAGAUGG